AAGGGAAUUUACUCUUAGUUUAUUUUAGUUUAGCUAUUAGAUUCAAUUGUCUUGGUACGAGAUUAAUACUUUAGAUAUGAAACUUUCUACCCUCCUCGUCGCGGUUCUUGCGACAUGUGCCAUAGAAACUCGAGCAUAUACAAGGGUUGAUCGGAGCGUCGGGAAACAAGCGUCUAAUGCCGACCAAAUGGUGCAAAACAUCCUGCAAUGGCUUCAAGGAAAUUAUGCCCAAAACAGUAGAAGAAUUCGUCAAGGUACACUGCGAGAAUACCUUCCACCGGCAAACACCGAAAAACCCCGCCCCUUUGGCUACCCACCAUCCGGUAUAACCCCAGAAGUACCCUUCCCUUUCCCCACCAACCCCGCCACUGGAGGAGUUACGGCUCCUGAAGGCUACGAACCAUCUGAGGGAGACAACAACAUCGCUCCCCCUCAGGAAGGAUCUGGAACGGGAGCUGAACAGCCUGAAGUACCUGCGAACGACUUACUUCCCUCUGCAGGUCCCUCGACUGUCCUUCCAGAGCAGCCAAGUGAAACCACUGGAGGCCCACCUGUUCCGAGUGGCCCCGCUGAAACUGAACAACCUGGACCAGCCCCAACAGCAGGCCAACCUGUUCCAGAAAAUGGCGCAGAGAGUACACCGGGAGCUGAAGCUACUCCCGCUCCAGAAGGUCGGUUAUUCUCAGUCUAUUCGGUGAUCAACUUUAAAAAAGGUCAACCCGCUCCGGAAGUCACUGCGUCACCAGAACAACCCGCACAACCCGAAGAACCUGGUUCUACACCGGAACAACCUCAACCCACUCCGGAACAGCCCUCGCAACCCGACUCCACCCCAGAACAACCUCAACCGACUCCAGAACAUGAGCAACCUCAACCAGAACAGCCUGAACCAACCCCAGAACUUCCAGGAUUUACUCCAGAGCAGCCUGAACCCAUACCAGAACAACCGGAAGUUCCAGGAUCUAGUGCUGAACAGCCCGAACCAACCCCAGAACUACCUGGGUCUACUCCGGAACAACCUGGACAGCCCGAACCAACCCCGGAACAACCGGGUCAGCCGGAACUUCCCGGAUUGACACCAGAACAGCCCGAACCCACACCAGAACAACCAGGACAACCAGAGCCAACUCCAGAACAACCAGAAGCGACUCCUGACCAACCAGAGCCAACCGCAGAACAACCUAAACAACCAGAAGUGACUCCUGAGCAACCUGAACCAACCCCAGAACAACCGGAAGUAACUCCUGAACAACCUGGACAACCAGAAACUCUGCCGGAGCAACCUGAAUUGCCAGCUGAUGGAUCUGAAAUUGAAGGAACAGUUGUUGGAAGCACUUCAGCACCUGCUGCUCCAGGUUCUACUGAAAUGGGUGCCCCUGAGUCAACUCCAUCAUCGUCUUCGGCAGAGCCUGGGAUUUCUACCUUAGUUCCCGUAGGAACGUUGGUUCCAAGUGGUUUCACCACGUCCACUCCUGCUCCAAUUGAAGGUGGAUCAACAGUUGCUCCCGGUCCUGAAGCAAAUACCAUUCCAGGACCUCAGGAGCCGAGUGUUGUUGAUGAGGAAGACCUGAAGCAUCCUCCUCACAUCCACGCUUUGGAUGUGCAGUGCGGUAAGGAAAUGAUGACCAUCAAUAUCGAGUUCAAUAGGGAGUUCAACGGGGUGAUAUACUCCAAGGGAUACUACAGCAAUCCGGAAUGUUUGUAUGUAAAAGAGAACUCUGGACAAACCAAGUACAGUUUUACGGUGAACUUGGAAAUGUGCGGCACCCAGUUCGUUACCGCCGGUGAAAUCGCCGAUCAGUCAUACUUGGAGAACGUAUUGGUGAUCCAGAACGAAUCGGGCAUCCAAGAGGUCUGGGAUACUGUGAGAUCUGUCCGUUGCUUAUGGGGACAAAACGUUAAAGAUACGCUAAGUGUGGCCUUCAGUAUUGGCAUGUUAAGCCAAGAAAUUGUCACUUUUAGUGGAGAUGUUGCCAUGGCGAAACUAGAUGUGGUACUGGGCAGGGGACCGUUUGGAGAACCGGCCAACGGUUUGGUGAAGAUCGGCGAGGAAAUGACCCUGGUGGUGUCAGUGAGCGGUGAUCCCACUUUUGACUUACAAGUGAAAGACUGUAAAGCGCUGGACACGGAUAAUAAAAACUCCAUUGCGUUAACAGACGAGGACGGUUGCAUCCUGAAGCCGAAACUGUUCGGAGCGUUCCAGAAAACCCGAGAGACCGGCAACAGCGGAGCUUCGAUUAUCUCUUAUGCACAUUUCAACGCUUUCAAAUUCCCCGACGAGAUGGACUUGAUGAUCGAGUGUAAUAUUGAACUAUGCAAGAAUGAUUGCGAUAUAUGUCCCAUUGAGGGCCAGCAAGUUGAUCCGGCCAAGAGGCGUAGAAGACGUGACGUGUCCAAUAGUACCGGCGACUGGAUCACCAUGGGAAAACUCAUAAAAGUGAUUCUUCCAGAGGAUUUAAACCAACGUACUGCCUUAGAAGUGACUUCAAGGGACCACGUUUGUAUGACUACCACCAGUUUUGUGUUCUCCGGAGCAGUACUGGUGUCCCUACUGGUGCUCACCAGUUUCAUUUGUAUUUGCUUGUGGAUGAAGAGGAGGGAGAAGAUGUAUUUGAAGUAUUAGGUUAAGCUAGUUGCGAGAUAGGGAUAGAUAGAUGCUCAAGUUAAAGUGCUGCCAAUAUACUGAACUGUGAUGAUUUACUACCGUUUACCACUUCAAGCGUUAGUCUCGUAUGGAAGUCGCCUGAUGUGUGUGUGUUUUAUUUUUCUUUUUUCAGGAUUUCUAUCUCGCGUUAGUGAUUACGUGCAAUUUAGGUCUAAAAUACUCGAGCAGUAUUAUUUAAAAAAAAAUCGAUUUAGACGUAAAUUAAGCCGCCAGCCUGCCAACGUCAUGUUCCAUAGAAACUAUAUAGCUCUUAUUUAAUUUAUUAUUGAACCUUCAAUGCAUUAUAUUCGCAAAUUUAAAACUAAAAUUGUAUAUUUGAUUGACCAUUUAGUACUAUUAUAGCUUUCUGUAUUAAUUUGUAUAAGUUUGUAAAUAAAUAUUUUAAAAAGG